AUGCAGUCCACCACGCGAACACACAUCACCCGGGCAAUCCGCGCUCGGAAUGCAUCCCCACGUCUCGUCUCGACCCAAGCCCGGCGCACCAUCCACAGCACCUCCCCCAGAACCACCAACAACAACCCCACCAACAGCCCCAUCAUGAAAAAAGCCCCUAGCCCCUUCCCCAUCGUCCAACGCAACCCCCGCAUCGUCGUCGGCGUCACGGGCGCCACCGGCACCGUCUACGCCAUCCGCCUCCUCGAGAUCCUGCGCGCCCUCGACAUCGAAACCCACCUCAUCCUCUCCAAAUGGGCGCAAGCGACCAUGAAGUACGAGACGGACCUGACCUGGGAGCACCUGCACGCGCUGGCCACGCACGCCUACGCCAUGAAGGACGUGGCCGCGCCGCCGUCGAGCGGCUCCUUCCUGCACGACGGCAUGAUCGUCGUGCCGUGCUCGAUGAAGACGCUGGCCGCGGUGCGCGCCGGCUACUGCGACGACCUCAUCUCGCGCUCCGCCGACGUGUCGUUGAAGGAGGGGCGGAGGCUCGUCAUGGUCGUGCGGGAGACGCCGCUGAGCGCCGUGCAUCUGGAUAACAUGGCGUUUUUGCAGCGGGCGGGCGCGACCAUUUUUCCGCCCGUGCCCGCGUUUUAUACGCGCCCCAAGACGAUUGCGGACCUGGUGGAUCAGAGCGUGGGGAGGAUGUUGGAUUCGUUGGGGAUCCACGUCGAGGGUUUUGAGCGGUGGGAGGGCAUGCGGAAAUGA